UCCACUAACGCUGUACCGUACGGUCGACAUUUUCCCCCACCAACCCCGACAAGUAUCUGCCUGUAUUCCCUCCGCGCGUCGGUGGGCGGGAAAAAGCAAACCCGUAGUCGCCGCUUGACUCGACCAGAUGAACAUCAAUCAAUCAAAAUGUGACACUACGUCAACCGAAGCGAAGUCUUACUCGAUAUAUUUAGUGCGCAACUCGGUGCAAACUUCAAAUUGUCGGUUCCUCGGUGCGUCCCGGGCUCCCGGGUCGAUCACCGGCUCGGUUCUGUCGGGUUUCACCGGGUCGGGUUUAUUGUUUUCUGUUUUGGGGGAGAAAAGCCAGUUGCAGCGGCUGACAGGAGGGGGCGUGGCCUCCGGGUUUAGAAAUUCAAUCCAUUGUUCCACUCCAACGCGCGAGGAGAACACCUCUGUGGCGCCCUCAGCCAAUCAUCGGCCGCCGUCUUCCUCUCUGACCCCGCCCACCAGCCUAUAUUAAAGGCUCGGCCGUCAGUAGCACUGGCCACUGGCACACUAUAAUACUGAUUGCUCCGCUAACCAGGACAGGGAUUUACUUUAUUCAACCUUUCAUUUCAGCCGUCCUUUAUUUUAUUGAACUAAAACAAUGGCAGACACACAAGUGGACUCCGGCUCGGAUAUCUCUGCUAAGGACCUGAAAGAGAAGAAGCUGGUGGAGGAGAAGGAGAACGGCAAAGAUGCUGCCACCAACGGAAAGGAGAACGAGGAGAACGGCGAGCCCGAGGUAGAUGAUGAAGAUGACGAGGAAGUGGAUGAGGAGGACGAGGAAGAUGAUGGAGAAGGUGACGAGGAAGACGAGGAGGACGACGAGGAUGAGAUUGAGGGCGGCACAAAACGGGCGGCUGAAGAUGACGACGACGACGAAGAGGACGACGUCGAAACCAAGAAGCAGAAAACCGACGAUGACGAUUGAUGCGUUUUCCCCCCUCGCGCCAUCCUGCUGAACCACUUCCUGAUUCUUCCACCUAUGACUGUUUUUUUUUUUUUUCUAUGUCACAGGUGGAGGGGCGGGAGGACUGAUUUUAAAGGAGAAAAAAAUAAUAAUAAUAAAUAAAAAAAUGUAAAAAAAAAUCCAACAUGGUCAUUAGCAAGUAGAGUUCAACAAACAUCUACCACGUCCACCCCCCCCACCCCCACCCCAACCCGCAAAACUGCAAAACAAAAUUUUCUAGAGGAACCUGCCACCGCAUCGACGCAGAAAUCCGGCUUCACAACAACAACAACAACAACAACAACACGAAAGGAGAAUUUGUUUGUAUUUUUAUUUACAUUUUAUAUUUUUGUACAUAUUGUUAGGAGCAGGGGGAGGGGGGGCCAGCUCCCCUCCUCGGCAGCGAUCUCGUCAGACCAAAUCGGUGCUUCUUCAACGAAAUAUUUUACUUGGUUGACCAUGUUACGAUAUCUCAACAGAUACUAGGAAGAAAAAAAACAACCUGUAAAAAACAGUUUUAAAAAAAACCUGAACGAAAACCUCUUAAGCCGUUGAACUCAGAGCAUUCCAGUAAAUUUAAUGUAUGUACUUUAGCUGUACCAUAACUAGUUUGUUUGUAUGGGAGGGUAAGGCCAAAGAAAAGAGCCUCUUUUCUUUUUCCUUUUUAUUUUGUUUUUUGUCAGCGACUUAUUUUGUUUUAUGGCGGCCUGUUUUGAUGUAUGUGCGAAGUUUGUUGUUUGACAAUAAACCGGACUUUUAUUUUGUGAGUUGUA